CCGAGCGCCCUCCCUCCUCCGGCUUCUCGGGGCCGGCCGGGGCGAGGAGGAGGAGGGGCCGGGCGGACAUGGCUAGCCGCGAUAAGUGGGAACGCCUGAGGCCGCUGCAGCCGGACACGCUGCGUGUGAGUGAGCCACCAGCGAUCAACCUGAAUGUGCACAAAGAUGCACAGCUUGUGAAAAAAACUGUGGAAGUCAAAAGGCCACGAUUUGAUGCGUCCUUGGUGCUUUUGACACGAAGAUUUAUGGCUCUUCUCAAAAAAGCUCCAGACGGUGUUCUUGAUUUAAAUGAAGUAGCAACAACACUUGGAGUACGAAAACGAAGAGUGUAUGACAUCACCAAUGUGUUGGAUGGAAUCGAUUUAAUUCAGAAAAGGUCUAAGAAUCUUAUCCAGUGGAUAGGUUCUAAUCUUGACCAAGUUGUUGGAAAAGCACCAGAGCAGCAAAACCUUAAAGAUGAACUUUCUGACUUGUCAGCCAUGGAGGAAGCUCUGGAUGAAUUAAUCAACAAUUGUGCUCAUCAGAUAUUUGAACUAACAGAUGACAAAGAAAAUGCAAAACUAGCUUAUGUUACAUACCAAGAUAUCCGAAGCAUUCAGACAUUUCAAGAACAGAUUGUGAUUGCAAUCAAAGCUCCGGAGGAAACCAAAUUGGAAAUACCAGUUCCUAAAGAUGAUCACAUAGAAGUACAUGUGAAGAGCACAAAAGGACCCAUUGAUGUGUAUCUAUGUGAGGUGGAAAAAGAGAAGCCAGAUGCCAAAACUUGUGAAGAUAUGGAUACUGUCACUUCUGAAACUGAACCAUCAGUUCCUCCUGAUGAAGUGAGAUCUCCGAGGGAAGAAAAAAACUUUUCUGAGAUGCCAGAUUAAUUACAACAUAAAAAUCCAAUACAGAAUGUAAAUACCUGUGUUAUGGAACUUUUCCAAAGCUGCUCGGAUCUGCAAACUUCAUAACCUGAAACGUUCCAAAGUGUUUUAAAAAAAACAGCAGUGGAUUGAUUCAGUGCUUUCAUAGGAUUACUUAUCUUACCAGGUCAAAAGACACAACAGUUCCUGGAAUUGCUUUUAGGAGCCUUGUUUUCAUAAUUGCAUGGGAUCUACAGAGCUUUGGGAAAAUUAUAAGGUAUUUUACCUUAUAAUUUUAAUUGACAAAAAACAUAGGUAAUUAAUUGCCUCUAAAAUUGAAGGUUGGAAAACUAUUCCUGGAACAGUCUGCAAUCUGUGUGAGAAUGUAUAGAAUGAAGGAAUGCACUUUCAGUUCUGAGUUCUGCACUACUAAGCAGAAUUGUCAAUGACAAGUUUAGCAAAGAAGUGGUGUAUAGGAAGCUUUUGCUAUAAGGAACAAGGUGUAAAUAUCCUGAGAGUUAUGCCUUACACUGUGUAGGUGCUGUUUGCAUUGUUUGCAUCCAGCUCUGCAUGAACUAUGGUAUCAACACUGAAGUGAAAUAAUUGGGCUUUGUGUACAUACCUGUAUUAUGUCUAGGUAGUUACUGAUGUAGAUUUAUUGAGAUAGUUUGCAUUUCUGCCUUUGUACAGCAAAGAAAUAAAAUACGCUUACAAAAAUAUGAAAUAGUCUAAUAAAACACGUUGGGUUGCCUUUGUUGGAAUUCACUUUGUAACUGCAAACAUUUUAAAUUAUGUGAAAAUUUAAAAUCUGUUUUACAUGGUGCUGGCAGUUAACAGAUCUGCAUCUUGUGAUGCCACAAUCCCAUGGCAAUUUUCAGGAGAAAUGUUGUGGUCAAUAACUACUUAAGUUGGCCCAUUCCUGUUCCCAGAGUUUCCAUAUGGCAGAGCUUUGGCUGAGUAUCAUGACGUCUUUGUGGCUCAGCUUGCAAAAAUACAUGAAAUACUUAUGGACUGUAUCUGUAUUCAUCCAGCUUUAGUAUCCAUAAAAUGAAACUGUGGAGUUUUGAUACUGGGUUUUCUAAUGAACUGUCACUAUACAAAUGCCAUGCUUGGGCUCACUUCACUCCAGUACAGAAAAGUGACACCACAGGUUUUGGGACUUUAAGGGGGUGUGUUGGCUGGUUUGUGUUUAAAUUGGAAGUCCAAGUCCUUGUUCUCCUGAUUUCACAGCAUCAACAACUAUGCAUCUACUCACAACUGGGAAAAAAAACAAGUGCAAGCUUGUGAUAGAAAGUAAUCUUGACUUCUUACAUAUGGGCUACCAACUUCCAGCUCCAGAAUGCAGGACUUCAGUAUUGGAUACUAUUUUUCUGUCUCUGUAAAAUGCAAACUACAGGCUGAGUUGUUACAAUAAUAAAUACAAGCAUGGAAUUAAUACAUAUAUCACGGUAAAAAUGGGGAAUGUGCUCCUACAGUGAAGCUGGAAGUGACAGUAAGAGCAUCUUUUUGCACAGAAAGAUUGUCCUUCAGUGGCUGGCUUCUUUCCAGAUGGCAAACUCUCUAUUUGACUUUUUACAUUGCUGUUGUGCUUUGGUGGGGACGGAGGUCUGUUCUGAAGAGAAGUGUUGAUUCCCCUACGCUGGUUCAACAACUCAGGACAAUGUUUGCCAUAAAACAGCACUAACAACUGAUACUGAAUGCUCUGUGUUAUGGUGGGAUUUUAUUACAUGUUCAUAAAAUCCUAGAAUGGUUUGGGUUGGAAGGACCUUAAAGAUCAUCUAGUUCCAACUCCCCUGCUGUGGGCAGGGCCACUUUCCACUAGAUCACAGAAUGAUCGCUUAAGUUGGAAAUGACCUCCAAGACCAUUGAGUCCAGCCCUAACUGUCCUGUUAACUAGACCAUGGCACUAAGUGUCAUGUCCAGUCGUUCCUUGAACACCUCCAGGGAUGGUAAAUCCACCAGCUCCCUGGUCAGUCUGUUCCAAUACUUAAAAACCUUUCAGUGAGGAAGUUCUUCAGAUGGCCAACCUGAACCUCCCCUGGCACAGCUUAAGGCUAUGUCCUCUCGUCCUUGUUCAAAGCCCCAUCCAGCCUGGCCUUGAACACUUCCAGGCAUGGGGCAUCCACAACUUAUCUGGGCAUAAAUAUUCCUAAUAUUUAGGCUAAACCUACUCUCUUACCCAUUACUCUUUGUCUUAUCUGUGGAGUAAGGAAGUAUAUUUUUACAAAAUAACCAUCUUACAAAUGUUAAGGAAAUCUGUUUUCAAAAGCAGAACAUUAUUUAAAUGAAACAUUAGGAUUUUUCAUUUUGAACAAAUCUCUAGUGGCUGUUUUUCCUUCCUCAUAUGUACAGGUUUUCUAGCUGUAGAAUUCAUUUUUAACUACACAAUUGUCACAGUGAAAUAGGAGAAGCUGCAAUAUGACAAUUACACUAUAAUUAUUAAAUACAUCUGUUCUAAUAGUGCACCUCUAGUGAAACGAAUGGACUUUUGAAGAUUAAAACACUGUCAUUACUAUUUGGUUAUGUACAAUAUUAUCCACUUGCAACACUGGAAAACAAUGUACUGUGUAAGCUCAGUGCACUAACUAACUGAAAAGAUUUGACUUGGACUAGAGGAAAAAUUCCUGAGUGAUGCUGAACUUAAAUACGAGUUCACUUGCAAAUGUGAUAGGACCUUACUCUGAAUUUGUGUAAUAACUGUUGAUUUUUUUUUCUGAGAGGGUAUUAAGGUUAUUUUUGUUGAGCCCAUAUCUGUCCAUUUUCAAUAUAUUUGUGUGUGUAAGCAGCUCCCUUGGGUAAUUGAGGACCCUAUAAUAAAAUUAAAAAGCUCCAA